CUUCGGCCUUGUUUGCCCACGCAUAACAGACUUUGACUGAAUACUGACCAGAGCAGGCCUAUUUCUGUUCUUGUCCAGGCCGAACUCCAGCGUGUGAAGUUCGGGAAUUUCGACGGCACGUGUGCACUGUGGCCCUCAUCAGUCAGACUACUCCUUUCGAUCUUCUUUACGAUUUCAUUCUAAAACAUUGUCUCGGAUUUUCUGUCAGCUUACAACUCACUUUCAACACAUCUUUUUUUCGUGUUCACCAAACGCUCGUGAAAAUGCUCGGCUAUGUGACUAUUGAAGUUCACGGUGCAGACAUGAAUGACGCAUCCAGACAUGCUCGACGCUUGGCCGACAAUUUUCUCGACGAUCUGGACACAAUGCAACGUGCUUCAAGAGCCAGAGACCGUCGAGCCAUGAGCCAUUUGGAAACGGGAGCAUCUUCGGCAUGCAUGGCUUUAAAUGUCCACCUUAUACGGCAACUGAAUGUGCUGCACCAGAAUCGACUACAGAAUAGAAUAGAAUAUAUUGAACUUACGUCUAAACGUGAGAUCAAGAGUACACUUUUGUUGUCCGGAAAGCAGAAGCGGAACAGUACUAUGAUCGGUUCACCUGGGACCGAUGCUUUGGAACGACGACGCAGUUUGAGCUACACUUCUACUAGGUCUUACGUCUCCUCCCCUCCGGUCAGCUCAUCAGUUCAUUACUAUUACCCCCGGCGACGCUACGUAUCUCGUGUAUACUAUCCACCUACACACCAUGUCACCCACUACACACCGCCGGUGAUGAUGGUCGGAAAAUCAGUUUACCCGUCAGUUUAUGAGCCAGUACGUUACGAAUUUCCGCGAACCAUAUCGAACAACGUUUACGCGCCACCUACAAACUUCUACCCGCCAUACACAAAUUCCUGGCAAAACAACAAUCCGACUGGAGUCUUACCAACUUCGGGACUGCGAGCACAUUCGCCACCACGAAGACAUAUCAUGACACCGCGUGCCGCAGACUAUGUGCGCCAUGCUUACUACCCAUGGCGCCGUGCGUAUUCUCUGAGCGACCUUUAUGGUGACGCACUUGAAGAAACCGUCCCACGUGUGAUUCAUACCACAAUCAAUCGACGCACGCCACUACGGUCGGCGCGACUUGGGUCGGUCCCACCGGUACCGGUCAGUCACACCUAUCGCCCGGUUUACUACGCAUCUGAGGUCGGUUUGCCACCGGUGGUACCAGGACGGACUUAUUACCGCACAAAUCGUUAUAUAACGGAAACGCCUUACUAUUUGACGUCUUAUGAAGAAACCGUCCCACGUGUGAUUCAUACCACAAUCAAUCGACGCACGCCACUACGGUCGGCGCGACUUGGGUCGGUCCCACCGGUACCGGUCAGUCACACCUAUCGCCCGGUUUACUACGCAUCUGAGGUCGGUUUGCCACCGGUGGUACCAGGACGGACUUAUUACCGCACAAAUCGUUAUAUAACGGAAACGCCUUACUAUUUGACGUCUUAUACCACGCGAACGGCGGAACCAAGUCGCCCGAUUUUGACAACGCACUAUGCUUCUUCGCCGGCACCAAUCACUCAGAGGUACACGUAUUACUAUCCGUCAGUGAUAACCGGAAAACUGCAAACACCCUAUCGUAUGGGAUCCCAAACGAGUUUGAGCGCUGAAGUUGAACGUGAACGUCGUCGGAUCGGGCGCCGCAUGGAUGAUGAUCUGCUGGAAUACAAAUUGCCUCCACCGGAAUACUACAGGGAGAUGCGUGGCUCGCUUCGCAAUUUGCAAGGAAAAAUGGACGAACACCGAAGACUGUUGGACCGGUAUUCGGGUAUCGAUAUGGCAGCGGCCCCGACAUCGGUGGAGGAUCGUAUCGAAUCAAAGUAUCAGCAGUUGGCUAGCCGCCAAUUUCAGUUAAUUGGAACGAUCAAUGCAGCGUUGAAGAGAAUAAUGAAGCAAGCUAGUGGAUUGAAAUUAAUCGAUAACACCAAUCCUUGGGCCAACGGAGAAUCAUUCCCUCAGUUUUUGGUGAUAUUUUACGGACAAAUAAGUCUAUCCCCACUCCAAUGGUCUUAUGUUGCUAAUUCGUGUUUGGUGAGCUCCGCCAACGCACCUGCUUUCCGGACGUGCCGUACCGAUGGUGACCUUAGGGAUGCGUCACUCUCUGCACAUAUACUUAUUCCAUGUCUGGGCGGGUCCUGGCAUCAUCGUGAACCGUUAGAUCGCUGCGUCCACUCAGGGGAUAUGGUGGGUUGUUGCUAG